AUGGAUGUCGAUCAAGAUGAACCUCAGUCUUUAGGAAGUACUCGUCGGUUUGCUGAUACGGCUCUUUCGACUGGUUUGAAAGCUGUUAUUCCUUUUGAAACUAUGUCUGAGAUUCAAGCUGCUACACUUGAUGCCGUCUUGGGGGGUCAAGAUGUACUUGCGCAAGCUAAAACAGGUACUGGAAAGACUCUGGCAUUCUUGGUACCAGCAGUAGAAAAACUUCGAAACCUAACACCAAUGCCACCCAAUCGACAAAUCUCAAUCUUGAUUAUAUCCCCAACUCGUGAAUUAGCUGCUCAAAUUGCACGUGAAUGUCAGCCUUUGCUAGAGGGUACUUCGUUUGGAGUACAAUGCGUUGUGGGAGGUACGAACAUAAAUACGGAGAUCAAUAAGUUGAAAAACAAUCGGUGUGAUGUCUUAGUUGCCACUCCAGGGCGACUUAAAGACCAUUUACUCAACCAAGGACUUCAAGGCCAGCUACGGCAACUUCGAUUUUUCAUUUUGGAUGAGGCAGAUAGGCUGUUAGAUAUGGGAUUCAAGCCUGAUAUCGAUCAAAUUUUACAAACUUUACCAGACCGAAGAUCAGUUCCUAGGCAGAGUAUGUUAUUCUCUGCUACCAUACCUGCUGAAGUUAUGAAGGUCAAAAACGCCGUCUUACUUCCAAACCAUGCUCAUAUCUCUACACUUAAAGCUGAAGACAUCAACGCUCAUCUACACGUUCAACAAGACUUUGUGAUUGCUCAUCUACAUGAUCAUUUCGCUGCUUUACUAGAGAUCAUCAAACAAGAUCUUAUUACACACGGUCCUAAAUCAAAAACAAUGGUCUUCUUUCCUACCGCACGUGCUACAGGAUUAGGUGGAGAAGUUUUGAAAUAUUGUUUGAAGGAUCGAGUGCCAGUCUUUGAACUUCAUUCUAGGAUCGCACAGGGGGCUCGUACUAAAACGGCUAAAAAGUUUAGUGAUUGCGAAUCUGGGGUUUUAGUCACGAGUGAUGUUUCGGGUCGUGGAGUAGACUAUCCUAAUGUCACCACGGUUGUUCAAGUUGGACUCCCGAUGACACCUGAGGAUUAUGUGCAUCGUCUAGGUCGGACAGCUCGAGGUGGAGCCACAGGACGAGGUAUCAUCAUUCUGGCUCCUUUUGAGCAAAAAUUCUUAACACAAGGUCAAAUGAGUAGUAUGCCACUCAAACCUCAUCCACCGAUCGACUUGGAUCGAUCCGAAACAGAUGAAGCAUUAGAUCAAAUUUCAGAACAAUCAAAAGAUCAAACCUAUGCAGCAUGGUUAGGAUAUUAUAAAGGAAAGAUGAAAGUCUGUGGGUUUGAUCCAGUAGGUUUAGUCAGGACUGCGAAUGAGUAUGUAAGAGAUGGGAUGAGGUAUCAAUCUGAUCUUACACCUGGACUACUGGCCAAAACGGUAGGAAUGAUGGGAUUGAGAGGUGUACCUGGUUUGAGAAUCAUUAAACCAGAUCCUUCUGAGUUUGAUAGACGAGGUGGUGGUAAUGAUAGACGAGGUGGUGGUAAUGCUAGGGGUAGGGGUUCUAAACCAGCUGGUAGAGGUAGAGCCUAG